AUGAGCUUUGAAGCUGGAGAAGAGAACGAAGGAGAAUACUUUGAUGAGGGAGAUGUUUUUCAGGAGGGUGAUGUGGAUGACACGCUAAAUGAGGAUGGUGAUAUGGGAGACGACGUAGAUCAUUAUGGUGACGAGGAAAUUGUUCAUUCAAGUGCCAACGGCGGUGUGCCUGCUAAUGUGGACUCCAAUGGAAAGCCAAAUAAAGAGCGAAUCACCACUCCUUACAUGACGAAAUACGAAAAAGCGCGUAUUCUUGGAACGCGUGCGCUUCAAAUUAGCAUGAAUGCACCUGUCCUAGUACCGACAGAAGGUGAGAUGGAUCCAUUGGCUAUUGCUCAGAAGGAGCUGGCCGCGAAGAAAAUUCCACUACUCGUGCGGCGGUAUCUGCCUGACGGUACAUUCGAAGACUGGAGCGUAUCAGAGCUAAUUAUCACGGAAUAG